AUGUUGAUGAUGAUGGACUGCAGCAACAGGAAGCCGCCGGCGGACCUGUCAUCAUCCGGCGUGGUCGUAGCGGCCGUGUCGUCACCGGAGCUGGUGGUUGCUGGCACGUGGCACCCCCACGUGUACGGCAACCCCCCCAGGACGCCAACUGCCCACGGCGUGGCUGAUAUACUCGGAUGGACCAAGGCAGGCUCCGACGAACAGCCCCUAAACCUGUCGACGGCCAAGCGGCCAAACGGCACAGUGCUGGACUUGACCAAGAUCAAACGCAAAGCAGACGUAAUACCCACGACUGCAGUGUUGCUGAACAACAAUAACAACCACAACAUCAACAACAACGGCAGUCAUCUCCUACAACAGCAUCACCAUCAACAGCACCUCAAUCAUUAUCACCAACAGCAACAGCAGCAUCAUCACCUUCAGUCGUUGCCGACUACCACGCACAAUAAUGUCAUGACAGCCGCGGCGACCGUGGCCACAGCAACGACAACGGCGGUGGCCGCGGCCACGGUCACGGCUACGGUCGCUCCUCCACCGGUGAGGAAGAAGUCUCGGAAGGAUGUGCCGCCGUCGUCGUCUCCGGGUCUGCUGGUGAGCUCUUCUUCCGGUUCGCCGGCCGGUCAGCAGGCCGGGGAGAGCGACGGCGGACACUCGUCCGACGGUUGCGGCGACCGGAAGCGGAAGAAGGCUCGGACCACGUUCACCGGCCGGCAGAUAUUCGAGCUGGAGAGGCAGUUCGAGCUAAAAAAGUACCUCUCGUCGUCCGAGCGAUCCGAAAUGGCUAAAAUGUUGGGCGUCACCGAGACACAGGUAAACAACAACAAAAAAUAA